UACUUCGUUAUUUAUCGUUACUCUUCGUUAUAGCUCGUCCCCUCCUGACGGAUGCAUAUUAUCCAUAGCAACCAACAUGGCAGAUGUUUGGGUUGGAGGGGAAACCGGAAUUUUAAAAGGAGUUGAUUUGAACAAAAAAACAUUUCAAAACUAUGGUGAUAUUGCAAAUGCUGAAAAAGAAGUUGAUGAAAUCUGUCGAAUGUGUUGGUUUGAUGACGAAGAGAGAAAAAUUUGUAUGGGCAUUAGAUCUGGAGUUUGUAAAAUUUUUGAUGUGGAUGUGGGAGAUUUUAUUGAUGAGAGAAAGUGCUUUGAUCAAAGUGAUGGACGCAUUGUGGGAUUAGACAGAAAUGAAAGAGCUUUGAUGGUUUGCUGUGAAAAUGGAAUCAUGAGAAUAUUUCAUGAUUCUAGUGAAGCCAAGACAGAUGUAAAAGUGGGCAGCCAUAUUGCUCGAAUGAGAAUAAAUCCAUUUGAAAAAUGUCAAGUUGCCACUGGUGGUAACGAAAAUGUACUUAAACUGUGGGAUCUUAACAGACCUGAAAAACCAUUGUUUAAAGCCAAAAAUGUUCGUAAUGAUCACUUGGAUUUGCAGGUUCCUGAAUAUGUUAAAGACAUUGCAUUCCUCUCGUCCCCAGGCUCCCUCCCAAGAAUCAUCGUUGCAAAUAUUUAUCAUAAACUACGUGUUUAUGAUCCAGAAGCUCAAAAACGUCCUGUACUUGAUUUUAGUUACGAAGAAUCACCGAUAACUUGUGUUGCCCUUCCAUCGCAUGAACGAUUUGUUGUAGUUGGCAAUGCUCUUGGUGAAAUGGCUGCAAUCGAUAUAAGAAAUGGCAAAAAUCUUGGUUCGUUUAAAUUCUUUUCUGGUACCAUUAAUGACAUUUAUUGUCAUCGUUCUGAGCCACUGGUCGCCUCUUGUGGUCUGGAUAGAUUUCUUCGUGUUCAUCACAUGGAAUCUCGAAAACUUCUCAACAAGAUUUAUAUGAAAUCGCGAUUGAAUUCAGUUUUGUUUUCGAAAAAUGCUAAGAAGUCUGGCGAGAAAGCUAAUUUGGGCAAAAGAAAACAAGACAAGGAGAUUGGGGACGACUACGACGGUGACGAAGAUGACAUCUGGAGAAAUAUGAGUGUUGUAAAAGAUGAUGUUAUCGAGAAAAAGACUAAACCUAGCGGUGGUAAUGAGGAUAGAGAGGGAUAAAGUGCUUAAUACCUUCAAAACUUUUACCACGUCUGGCCUAAAAUAGCAUAACUUUAAUGUAGACAGUAUUUUAAAGUAGAUAAAUGCCAUUUAGCUGUAGCGCAAACUUUGUUGUGGACCUUAUUUUACGGAAAAGUUUAAGAGAACCCUGUCUUCCUAACAGCUUUCCCAUUGAACUUCAUUUGCAUAUAACGAAAUACAUUGUGAUUUAGAAAUGGAGUAACUUGAUGAUGAUAAAGUAAUAAUUAUUUUUAUACUUAAAAAAAUUAUAAAUAAUUAAUAUAGUUCUCUAUCUUUCUAACGAAACAUGUAAUUAUAAAUGAAAUAAAUGUAAAUGUUAAUGUUUA